CACAUGUAAAUAAAUACAUAAAGGUUCAUCAACAACUAAAAAAACAUCAAGGGUGGGGGCAGCAGGAGAUGUAACUCAAUGGUGUUACAUUGAGACACUGGGGGCACUUUCUGAAUCCCCCGGGUUCCAUCCCCCAGAACAGCAAAAGGGAAAAAAAUCUCUGGCAAGCAUGUCAAAAGGUGCCCGCCCCCAGUGGCUUCCUGGAAGAGACACUGGUCAAAACCACUUUAAGACAAAGUAGCAGCGGUGCUCUCCCAGUGCUGGGGGAAUGUAAAACAGCUGCUUUAGGGAACGGGCAGUUCCUCAAAAGGGGGACCAUGUGACUGGGCAGUUCCACCCCAGGGAUCUAUCCAGGCUAGGAUUACUAGAUCAUGGCCACACAAAAACAUGUUUGCAAAUGUUCUUGGCAACAGUAUUUGUAAUAGCCCCAAAGUAGAAACACCCAGGCACCUAACACUGAUGGAUGCUUAUGUAUCUGUGUGCAAUGGACAUCAGGGAUGCUGAGGGGAGCCAGAUGCAGCCACAUGCUGUGUGAUCCCAUUGCUGUGGAAUGCCCAUCACAGGCACGUUCAUGGAGACAGCAGGCAGAUUAGUGGUGGUGACAGGAGCCCGACAGGAAGUGACUGCUGAAUGCAUAGUGUACACUUUUGGGGUGAUGGCGUUUUGGAAUUAGUGGCGAUAGCUGCACAACCCUGUGACGAUUAAAAACCAUCAAACCAAACACGGUGACGCAAGCUUGUCAUUCUAGCAACUUUGGAGGCUGAGGCAGGAGGAUCACAUGUUCAAGGCCAGCCUGAGCAAUUUAGUUUCAAAAUAAAGAAUAAAAAGGACAGGGGAUUCAGCUCAGUGGAAGUGCCCCUGGGUUUGGUCUCCAGUACAAAAAGCAAAAACAAAAUCACUGAGCUGUGAAUUUUAGAGUAUGUGAGUUCUAUCUAAAAAUAUACACAUAAGCCAGGCUUGGUGACGCACACCUGUAAUCCCUGUGACCUGGGAGGCUGAGAUGGAAGGAUUGAAAGUCCCUGGCCAUCCUCAGCAACUUAGUAAGAACCUGUCUUUAAGAAGAAGGGGGGAUGGUGUGCUGGGAAUGUGGCUCAGUGGUGAAGCACCCCUGGUUCAACAUAAAACUAUGUAAAACUAUUUAGUUCACUUUGUUUUUACUAACAUAAAAACAAAGUGAACUAAAUAACUGCAGGGCUUGUCCGUCAGCUGUCCAGGGCUCCACUGUCCCUUCCCGGAGUCCAAGUCCACUUUGGACAAGGGAAAGGGAGCCUCACAGGUGGCAGGACCCAGAGAAGGCAGCAGGGCCAGGGAGGCUGCCUGGCGGCUGGAGCGGGCAGGCCAGGGCUGCACGGCCCUCUGCCCCCCACUCCUUCCCUGGGUGGGGCUGAGAGGUCAGAGGGAAGCUCCUGGCACCCAGGGUACAGGAAUCUCAGACAUGCUGCCCUGCGUCCAGGUUUCCUGAGGCUGGCCCUCCUCCCCAGGGCUGGGAGGCUGGGUGGGGUCCCCUUCCUGACAUAGGCUCUGGGCCUGCCUGGUGGUCAUCUGGGGGCCCAGAGCCCAGCCAGCCCCCUCCCCUUGAUGGGCUGGACUGCUGGGGUGGGUGCUGGGCAGGGAAGCAUUCAUAUUUACAGGUCUUUCCUGCCCUCCUGGCAGCCUGACUAACCAGCUCCUCCAGGCCCAAGGUGCUGGGGGUGGGGUGCAGCCGGAGGCAGCCAGACCAGCCCCUGAGCUCCCCUUGCUCCGCUGGCCAUCAUGGGGCCCCCUGGGAGGCAGCCUCGCCCUUGCCUGCUGCUCCUCUUGGUGCUGAGCUGUUUCCAAACCAGCCUGAGCCUGGAACGGAUCCCCUACAAGCCACAGAUAACAGCCUGGAACCUGGAAGGGAAGGUCACGGCCACCACGUUCUCCCUGGAGCAGCCUCGCUGUGUGUUUGAUGGGCAUGCCAAUGCCAAGGACACCAUCUGGCUGGUGGUGGCCUUCACCAAUGCCUCCAGGGAUUUCCGGAACCCACAGACCCUGGCUGACAUUCCCGUCUCCCCACGGAUGCUGACCGAUCGCCACUACAUGACGUUGCCCCUGUCCCUGGACCAGCUGCCCUGUGAGGAUCCAGUGGGUGUCAGUGGAAGCUCCCCCUUGCUACGGGUGGGCAAUGACUUCGGCUGCCACCAGCAACCCUACUGCAACGUCCCCCUCCCUGGCCCUGGCCCUUACAGUGUCAAGUUCCUCCUAAUGGACGUCGGUGGCGCACCCACGGCUGAGACCGAGUGGUCAGAUCCCAUCACUCUGCACCAAGGGAAGGCCCCAAGCUCCAUCGACACGUGGCCGGGGCGGCGGAGUGGCUGUAUGAUUGUAAUCGCCUCCAUCCUCUCGUCCCUGGCUGGCCUCCUGCUCCUGGCCUUCCUAGCAGCCUCUACAGUGCGCUUCUCCAGCCUGUGGUGGCCCAAGGAGGCCCCUGAGCAUCUGCGGAUCGGCUCCUUCAUGGGGAAGCGCUAUGUGACCCACCACAUCCCGCCCAGUGAGGCUGCCACACUGCCUGUGGGCUGUGAGCCUGGCCUGGACCCCCUCCCCAGCCUCAGCCCCUAGCCUGCGGCCUGGGCCUGGGCCUAGUGGGCAGGGAACAAAUGCAGGGAGCGUGUUCCCCACCCCUGUGCCCACAGGCCUCCUGGGGCUCCUGGCCUCUCCCCAGCAUGCUCCAGCCUGCCAGGACUCCCCUCCAGCAGCCCUGGGCACCUGGAAGUGACUUUAGGAGGGGCCGUGGUCAGGCUGGGCAUCUGGCCCGCCUCUGUCCCUGUCUCUGUUCUGCCUGACCUAUGAGCACGGCUGGAGGCACGUGGACCCGCAGCCCCAACCCAGAGCUUGCAGACCCCAGGAGCAAACCUUCGAGAACCUGGCUCUGCCCUGGGUAGAGCCCAAGUCACCCUCUGUCACACCCUUUAGCUGCUGCUAGGGUACAGCCUUCAGAGGCAUCUCUGCUGGCCCUGGAUACUGGCUCAGUUCGCGGGGAGGGAUCCCUGGGGCUGCACCUGGGAUCCACACAGAGGCCGGCCCCAGCACAGGAGGACCCCAGAUGUGCAGAAGGUCAGACAGUGUUGAUGACAUCACGACUAUCCAGCUACAGAUUCCGGUCACCAUUUCAAAUCCCUUUGCACACACAGAUGGCCACACACUCAUCCAUUCAUCCCACAUCAUUCAUUGAGUACUUGCUGAAUGCCAUGCACAGUGUUAGACUCGGGGAAUCAGGAAGAGCAGGUCCCGAUCUCCGGGAACUCCCUGCUCUGAACUUCAGACCACCGCGUGUCCAGAGGUGACUUUCACUUGAUCUCCAACUCACACAUCCUUAGAUAAUCACCCCAGUGGACUCUCCGAGGCCCUCAAGACCCCUUCAUCAGAAAGGUUGCAAUGCAGACUUCCAAGCUUCUGUCCGCGAGGCGAGUGGUUCCCGCCAUCGCCACACGGGGGCGCCGGCGCGCCGUGGCCAGGUAGCCGAGGGCCCGCGCGCAUGCGUGCUCCUGUCCACCGCCUCAGCCCUGCGACCCCAAAGUGAUCUGUGAUCGUCGGGGCUUCCACUGGCCAAGCCAGAGAGCGUGCGGGGCAGUCCCGCUGCCCUAUGAGCGCCUACUCUACAGGCUUCAGCCCACACAGCGGCGGCGAUUUCCUCCAGGAGAGCUGAGCCUUGGUGACAUGCGCACGCACUCCGUCCAUCUGCUGCACCCCACCCUGUGUUCCCUGGGCGCUGCUCCCGGGCCUGUCUGACCGCGGCUCCCAGCACACAGGCCCUUGCCCGCCUCCUUUGGAGGUGAAUAAAUGUGGUCUGGCUUCUGCA